AACAGGAAAGCUUUGGGGCCUUUAACUACCGUCCAUUGGGCUUCCUCUCGACAUCUCAUUGACUCUGCUCGUUCGUGAUUCCGCAGCAAACAAUGAGGUUCGGAUACCAGCUCAAGACUUCGCUCAUCCAGAACUGGUACUAUCACUACAUCGAUUACGAGGGCCUCAAGGAUGCCCUGAAAACCGACUAUGUGACGCCUCCGACGAAGGACAAUCCAAAGCCAAAAAGGAAGCCAUGGAGCGAGGAAGACGAGCAACGCUUUGUCGAUCUGCUCGAGGCUGAGCUCGACAAGGUGUUUACUUUUCAGAAGGUCAAGAGCCAGGAGAUUGUCAAAAGAAUCAAGGCCAGCGAGGUCGAGGUCAAAAAUGUGGUGGCACAGGCAGACCAGCAGCAAGCUGGGAAUGGUCGCCACGCAGACGCGUCCUUGGAGGAGGACUUCAUGCUUCUUGAAGAAGAUCUGAGCGAUAUCAUUGCCGACGUGCAUGACCUGGCUCGUUUUACUCAGCUUAAUUAUACCGGCUUCCAAAAGAUCAUCAAGAAACAUGACAAAUUAACCUCGUGGCAUCUCAAGCCCGUCUUCGCCGCCCGCCUCCGAGCCAAGCCUUUCUUCAAAGAUAAUUACGACGCCUUUAUAGUCAAACUGUCGAAACUAUACGAUCUUGUGAGAACUCGAGGCAAUCCAGUCCAGGGCGACUCCGCAGCAGGUGGUGCCCAGCAGAACUUCAUUCGCCAGACGACCAAAUACUGGGUGCAUCCGGACAAUAUAACAGAGCUCAAGCUGAUUAUCUUGAAGCAUCUACCUGUUCUCGUGUUCAACCCCAGCAAAGAGUUUGAAGAAGCGGACUCAGCUAUAUCAUCCAUUUACUUCGACAACACAGACACGUGGGAGCUCUAUGAAGGGCGUUUGAAAAAGACCGAAGGUGCUGAAGCUAUCCGUCUACGAUGGUAUGGAGGCAUGGACGUCGACACCAUCUUUGUCGAAAGAAAGACGCAUCGUGAAGAUUGGACGGGAGAAAAAUCCGUCAAGGCACGUUUUGCUCUGAAGGAGAAGCACGUAAACGAUUUCUUGGCCGGCAGGUAUACGGUCGACCAAGCAUUCGAGAAGAUGAAGAAAGACGGCAAAAAGAGCGAGAAGGAGAUCGCGGACUUGAUGCAAUUGGCUCGUGAGCUGCAAUACCGUGUUAUCACUCGAAAGCUUGUUCCUGUCACCCGCUCGUUUUACCAUCGUACAGCAUUUCAGCUGCCAGGAGAUGCGCGCGUCCGUAUCUCUCUCGACACCGAGUUGACGAUGAUUCGCGAGGACAAUCUAGAUGGUCGACAGAGAGCGGGUAAUAAUUGGCGUAGAAUGGAUAUAGGUAUCGACUAUCCAUUUUCCCAGUUACCACCUGAGGAUAUUGAACGCUUCCCGUAUGCUGUCCUGGAGGUCAAGCUGCAAACGCAAGCAGGUCAGCAGCCACCAGAGUGGAUUCGCGAACUUACUGCUUCGCAUCUGGUCGAAGCAGUACCAAAAUUCAGCAAAUUCAUUCACGGAACGGCAAAGCUGAAUCCAACACGUAUUCACCUCCUUCCCUUCUGGAUGCCACAGAUGCACAUUGACAUUAGGAAGCCCGUUUCCCACCGAUUUGGAAUUGAAAGACCUGGACAAAGCAAGGAUAUCAGUACGACCGAUUUGGAUGAUGAGUCUGACGACGAUGAAGAAAACAAUCUCCCGCCGGUCGAUGGUAACAUCAACAUUGAAAGGCUACGCGCGGCACGAGAUGCCAUGGAAGCACACGAACGGGAUCAGCGUAGGGAAGAACUUGAAGAAGCCGAGAGUGAGCAAAUUGCAAACGGCACAGACGGCUCUGCGGCAGGUAAUAGCCUUGAUGUUGAAGAACGCAUCGCAGCGCAGCCUAUACCGAACCCAGACGAGGACUAUCCGCUCUAUGACUCGGACGAUGAAGAAGAGGACCUGGAGGAAGCGCGUCGUGUGGGUGGCUACUAUUACUACAGUGCUUGGGUGAGGAAACAUAUCAGUGAUGUUGCAAAAGUGGUGUGGCGCGGCUUCAUGACCGUUGUGCCUCAUCCACGAGCAACCCAAAUGCCUGACAACUCUGGUAGCAUGGGUGUGCCAAAGAGUACAGGCGAGUUAAAACGGUUCAAGGCCCCACCUGGCAAACGGAUCCACGUCCCUGUCCGCAUCGAGCCCAAAGUCUCUCUAGCGACAGAACGUACCUUCCUGUCUUGGCUUGAGUUCAGCAUUAUCAUCGGCAGUAUCGCGGCGACUCUACUUAACUUUGGCGAUGACAUCAGCUUGUACUCGUCCAUCGCAUUUACGGUUGUGGCGUGUGUGUCUCUAUUUUACAGCUUGACGUUGUACUUGUGGCGUGUCCAGAAAACCAGGUUGAGACGUGCCGUCUCUUACCAUGACAAAUGGGGACCGACGGCAUUGUGCCUCGUCUUACUCGCUGCCGUCCUUAUCAACGUCGGUUUGAGGCUAGGGGGUCACGGUCGUGGCGUCGGUUUAAAGGGCUGAGACGUGGAGCCGCCUGUGGAGAGUGACAGGACGUUAGGAUUCUUUUUGCGGGACGAAUACUGUGUAUAGAUUGUCACAUUUAUGAGGGCUUCGCAAAGCAUUCGCGUGAGCAUAAUGAUAUGUGGGAUAGAUGUAUAUAAAUUGCUGCAGUCUCAGACGAUGCUAUACUAAUGCAAAUGCUCGUCCGUACCAAAAGAUUAAAUCUG